AUGUCAAAUGCUUCAGACUCUGAACAGCCAACAGAAGAAAUCACAGAGGAAACAGAGACAAUUCUUGCUGUGGAGCCAGAAGCAUCGCUAGCCCUCCCUCCUCCUCCUCCUCCAGAUUCUCCUCAGGAGGAUGAAUGGGACCAAAUUCCUGAGCACACCAACAAGAAAGCCCCCCCUUUUCCCACCUGUCUAUAUGGAACAAUUCCUGUGAUCCUGGGAAUCUUCAGCGUGCUCCUCUUGAUGAGCGGAUUCUUUGCUUUUCAGUACUUUCAAAGUGUUCAGGAAUCCGAGAACAAGAUGAAGAACUUUAAUCAAUGGAUGGAAUUUUUCCAAAAUAAUGUAAUAAAAUCUCAUGAGUUCCAAAAAGCUUUUAAUGAAAAUAAAGAAAUGCUGAAGUCACUUGGAAACCAGAAUGAGUAUCUCAUUGAAUCUUUACAUGAAUCAGAGACGAGGCAAGAAGCCAGAUGCAACCCUCCUCAGCAUCCCUGGGUACAACACAGAGGCUUCUGCUACUUCAAAACCCAGAGAACGGUUCCUUGGUUAAACUGUUCGGAUCUUUGUGUCUCUUUGGAUGCUGAAUUUUUAAGAACAGAAAGAAGCAAAUUAACUAUAAUCAUGAAUCUACUUGCCGUGAGCCAUACUUGGGUUGGCCUAUCUUAUAGGAAAGAAAUCUGGGAAUGGAGGUGGGACAAUGAAUCCUCACCCUCUCCAAGCUUGCAUUUACCAGAGCCGAAAGUGGAAUUUGAGAAGAACUGUGUAUACACAUUUGAGGACCAAAUUGGUACUGAUGACUGCAACAGGUCCCAUUCCUGUAUGUGCGAGAUGAAACUCAGAUAA